AUGGCAACAAAGGGCCAAGGUAGGGCAACAAAGUGUCAAGGUAUGGCAACAAAAGGCCAAGGUAGGGCAACAAAGGGCCAAUGUAGGGCAACAAAGAGCCAAGGUAGGGCAACAAAGAGCCAAGGUAGGGCAACAAAGAGCCAAUGUAGGGCAACAAAGGGCCAAGGUAGGGCAACAAAGAGCCAGGGUGGGCAACAAAGUGUCAAGGUAUGGCAACAAAGGGCCAAGGUAGGGCAACAAAGUGUCAAGGUAUGGCAACAAAGGGCCAAGGUAGGGCAACAAAGGGCCAAUGUAGGGCAACAAAGAGCCAAGGUAGGGCACCAAAGGACCAAGGUAGGGCAACAAAGUGCCAAGGUAUGGCAACAAAGGGCCAAGGUAGGGCAACAAAGGGCCAAGGUAGGGCACCAAAGGACCAAGGUAUGGCAACAAAGGGCCAAGGUAGGGCAACAAAGAGCCAAGGUAGGGCACCAAAGGGCCAAGGUAUGGCAACAAAGGGCCAAGGUAGGGCAACAAAGAGCCAAGGUAAGGCAACAAAAGACCAAGGUAUGUCAACAAGGGGCCAAGGUAGGGCAACAAAGGGCCAAGGUAGGGCAACAAAGGACCAAGGUAUGGCAACAAAGGGCCAAGGUAGGGCAACAAAGAGCCAAGGUAGGGCAACAAAGGGCCAAGGUAUGGCAACAAAGGGCCAAGGUAGGGCAACAAAGAGCCAAGGUAAGGCAACAAAGGACCAAGGUAGGGCACCAAAAGACCAAGGUAUGGCAACAAAGGGCCAAGGUAUGGCAACAAAGGACCAAGGUAUGGCAACAAGGGGCCAAGGUAGGGCAACAAAGGACCAAGGUAUGGCAACAAAGGACCAAGGUAUGGCAACAAGGGGCCAAGGUAGGGCAACAAAGAGCCAAGGUAGGGCAACAAAGAGCCAAGGUAGGGCAACAAAGAGCCAAUGUAGGGCAACAAAGGGCCAAGGUAGGGCAACAAAGAGCCAGGGUGGGCAACAAAGUGUCAAGGUAUGGCAACAAAGGGCCAAG